AUGGUCUCUUUGCUCGCCGAACUUUUCCAUAAUCUGCUGGCCUCAUCGGACCAGACGCCUCGGAAUCUAUUCGAAAAUCGAAGUCAGCAAGAAAUGACUCGCCUGUUCCGCACACUACAGUACACACCCUUUCCACACCUCAAACAGCAUCGUACUCGCCACUUGACCUCUGUCUUCGAAUCACUUCAAUUGUUGACCUUGACGAUCAACCGCUUCCACUCUUUGACUUCGACCAUGAUAUCUUUCAAUCGCGAGAAGGCUGCCGUGUUCUUCUACCUGGCCAUCAUUGCUUCGCUCCUUACGCUCACUGUCGCUCCACCAAUCAACAAUCCGCUGCAGACGAUCGACGAGGACAGAUCGCUCUCAGACGUGAGAUCGCCCCCUUUCAAUCCUAACGUCCUCACACCUCAACCCAUCAUCCACAUGCCUGAGGAUGAAGUGGACCCAUCUGCUGUUCAAUCUCGGAUCAGAAGCGUCCACAAUGAUGCACCCUGGUGGCGCAAUUGGAACAUUCCCUGGUUUAACAACCGAGAUCCAGCAGCAGGAUCGAUCUCCUCCGACAGCCAGCUUCAACAAGUUAUUCGCAACGGACCGACACGCAGUGUAUCCGACUUGAAGCCAGACGUCGCUGUCACACCCAUAGGACGUUCUUGGCUAGGGGUCAAGCUUCCUGGUAAUGCUUGGGACGGUCACGUCGUUGCCGCAAUGAGGCAGAGGGCUUGGCCAUUCUUUAUCGCUGGAAGCAACGGCGAAGCUUGGUUCGUCAAGAGUGAUGGCACUUUCAAGAGGCUCGACGGCAAUCAAAGAGGUAUCGUGUGGGACACGACGCACGCAGGUCAGAACGAGAAGGUUCCUUUCGAUAGGCUCAAGCUGCCUGGAACAGAGGCUGCCAACGUAGCCGCAGCUAAGGCUAGGAGCAGCACAUCGUGGUGGUCUAGGAUCACCAGUCUGAGCGUCCUUUGCGUACCUGUUGGAACCGGCGCGAGUGCUUAUCCUGGAAUAAGCUCAGCAAGUGUGUCCUCACCGGCCGCCGGCACCGGUACUUCGAGCGACUCGAGCUCAGAUGGGAGCUUCAGAUCUGCCACGGGGUCGUCGAUCGGUGAUCCCAGCGACUCGGACUCAGAUGGCAGCUUCAGAUCUGCUACGGGGCCACCUGACUGGCACGAUGCUGCCGACUCCGCUGCGAGCUCUCCACGCAGUCCGAGGGGCUUUGAGCGCUUCGACCGUCUAUGGCAACUCCCUUCGUCUUCUACCACCUCGGAGGAUCGCGGCUCGUCCAGCGACGAAGAAGCUCAAGGGUCGGCAAUCGCUCAAGACAGACUCAGAGUUGAGCACAAGGGCAAGAACAUCAUGGACGAUGCAGGUGCCCCAGCACUGUCGACGACGGAGAUUGGCGAGGCUUCUACUAGAUCCGCGAACGCCGCUGCCUCCGACAACGAUUUCCGUGCUGCUCGUGACGAUCGAGCUGCACGAGAUCUCCCUGCAGCACUGGUCGCAAAAAAUCUUCCAAACGGUGGGGAAGAUAUUUAUCUGACGAGCCCUGAGAAUCAGCACAUCAAAGAUGCCAUCAAGGCGCUCCCACAAUCUCGCAAUUACUAUCAGCUCGUCACGACGCCCGAUCCGGUAGCGCCAGGAGGAAGUCGAGUGUAUCGAUACUACAACGAGCCCUAUGCAAUUCGCUACGAGCGGGUACCAUAUAUGCCUCCUUUCCUCUCUCGAAUUCGGCGGCUAGAAGCGGAGGAUCAUCAACGGAAACCGCCAUCGUACGAGGAGGAACAGAUAGUCCAUGCUCCACAAGAGGGCACGCCCUCGAUCGGGACCAAAUUCUCCGACGCGCAUUGGAAGCUUCGAACUCACUUCAACGAUCUCAAAAACAUCAUUGCGAUUGGAAAGGAUCGACGCCUGGCCAACUAUCACACGACAGGCGGAGUGGCAGCUUUGUACGGUCGAGAAGAGAUUGGGAUCGGUAAAGUCAUUCCAUCGGAAGCGAGACGAAUCGCACAGGAGCUGGGCCAAGUCCACAUAUUCUACGAUCCAGACAGACCACAGGAUCAAGUGCGAGUCGCCUACAAUGGUCCACUGCUCGCGCCUGGCCGCCAGACUUCAUUGGCUCCCGCUGAACAGUUCCAUGCUUACAUUGUACCGAAGGACAGGGCACUUCCUCUACCAAAGCAUUGGAGGGACGAAGGUUUGGAUGAAAGGACGAGGUCGCUUCGGGCGCUCAGAAGAAUGAGGGAAGCCGAGAAUGGUGAAUGGAGGACGGUCGACAUACGCGAUCGUUGGCCGGCGAAGUGGGAUCAGACGACGAACGAAUGGUUGAACAAAGUGAACGGUUGGCGACAAAACGUGCAGAAUGCGCCGACGAAGGUGAAGGAAUGGUAUAGGAGCCGAGGGCAGCGUGUCGAUACUGGAACAGACCGAGCUGGGCAAGAGGCACAACAGCAAGCGAAUCGCCGCUCUAACGCAUGGAGACAAACACUCGCUGAUGCGUGGACCAAAGCCAAGGGACGAUGGACGCAGGCACGUCCCGAAGCCGACGCGGAUGCCUCCCGCGCUGCAGCCGCCGUGUCGGACAGCAGCCAGCCGUCGCCUGUCGCCAGAACAUGGACCGACAUUCUGAACAACGCUGUCCAAAAAGUCAAGCAGGCGUCCACCACAGCCAAAGCCAAAAUGACCGGCUGGAAAAAACCCCCUUCCACCGCUGCAGAGCAAAGGGUGAUCACCGAAAAUGCCCAAGAUGUCGUCCGCCCGAUCCGUCGUCGUCGUUGA